GAAACAUUAUCUGCCUGACAUAUAGAGACGGGGCUGGGAGGCCCGGAGGGGGGAUCCGGGCCUCCCAGGCCGUUUCACUGAAACUACCCAGUCCCCCCUUUCACCACUUGUGUUUUUGUUUCCAGAUCACACAGCAUCUACGACAACUACGGUAAGCGACUUCUUCAAUUACACAGAAUUAGCGGCAAGAAAACUAACUGAACUGCCUCCUGGAAACACUAAUUAUAUCACAAGGUUAAAACAAGACUAUGGUUGGUGUUGACGAUGAUUGGUUUGCAUACCAAUGCAAGUCAGGCGAAGUUCUGUUCUACUACAAUGUCAAGUCUGGAGAGCACCGAUGGGCUAUCCAUUUCUGCACUUGCCUGAAACCCAAAGAUCAUAAAGCUGUGAAUGAGCGCUGUUGCAUCUGGGAACCAAUCAAAUCAAAGCCAUCAGAAAGUGGAAAGUUUGUGAGAAGCAUUGGGAUUCAAACAGAUGAUAGCAAGGAUAACACACAAGAGACAUUCAUUGGUCAUGUUCAAACAGUCACACAAUCACCACCAGCUGUCACGCAUCAACUGGCUGUGCAAAGGUCAAUAGUGGCCAUGCAUCAACCAGUCCUGCUAUCACCACAAGCAGUUUCCCAUCAACAAGUCACACAAUCAGGAUCAGAAAUAACAGAUGAAACAGAAACAAAAAAUACUCUUCCUGAAGUCAUCACAGCCUUCCCAUCCAAUCCAUUGCCAAGCUUACUACCCAUAACACACAGUGAUCACGUGUUUCAUGUUGACUUUGAGCUCAGUAAGGCAGCACAAGAACCAUCUGCUGCUCUGAAUAAUAGUAAUGGUGAGGACAGUUUUGCUGCAUCGUCUACCAGAAGUCAUGUAGUGCUACUAGGAGAUGAUACUAGAGCAGAGCAUGUAAGUCUUGACAACAACAGUGCAAUUAUACCCAGUAAUGGCUCCCUGGACAUGCGUCGGCAGGCGGAGGGGUCCUCAUCAAGGAAGAAAAAGGAACCCCGGAAGAUAAUUAAGACGUCCAGUACUAGUGCAGAGUACAUGGAGGCGGAGCCAAGGCGAAUGCUGCGGUCUGGUGCGGAGGCUGAAGAGGACAGUAUCUUCACCAUGUCUUCUCCUGAGCAUUCUACGUACGACCGAGAGGUCAUGGGCAGAGAUGAACCAAUGGUAGUAAUCCCCAACAUCCCAAAGAUACACAUGGUACAACCUGAACAGAAGCCUGUGAACUUCAUCUGCCAGCUCUGCGAGGCGGAGCUACCCAGCGCGGCCAGGCUGACAGAACACAUCAUGAGACACCAACCGAGCGGUAGCAGGUGCCCUAUCUGUCAACGACACUUCAGCCGAAGGGUAGGGCUACGCUUUCACGUACAGGCACACUCCGGCGAUAAGCCACACCAGUGCCACCUCUGCGAAAAAGCAUUCACCAAGCCGGCCACGCUAGUGGACCAUAUCCGGACGCACUCGUCCGAAAGGCCGUAUGUCUGCAGUGAGUGUAACAAAGGGUUCACGCAUCCCAGCAACCUGACCUCGCACAUGAAGACACACUCGGACAAUCGGCCGUUUCAGUGCUCGGACUGCGACAAGGGAUUCAAGACGUCUAGUCAUCUGGCGCGUCAUCAGGCGCGUUCACACGGACGAGCGGCCGUAUCCCUGUUCGCACUGCUGAAAAAAGUUUAAGAACUCCUGUCACCUUAGUGCCCACAUGCGGCUCCACACCAAGGGCGCCAGGAUAGAGAUGGAGGAGCGCCCCAAGAACUAUGUAUACUCCAAGUGCAACCUGGGGUUCCGGACGUUCUCACACUUUACGUAUCACGUUCAGACAGACCCAAGGUGUAAGGAAGUGGUGCAGAUUAAGCUCGGUUCUAACGACACCUCCACUGUACCUAACAGUGUUGAUUUAUAAAUGAUGGCGGCAUACACAGCUAAAUGAUUAAAGAUCGAGUUAUUUGAAUGUCACGCAAACUAGUGUAACACCAUUUUUGUAAGUGUUGCGUUCCACGGUGACACAUAACUCGAGUGUCUUGCAAUCCGUGACAUGCUUCUCAUCAGGCAGUUCUCACUUUUAUUACUUUUUAUAUAACGACAAACAUUGAGGUUCUAGGGAAGAAAUAACACCACAAACGGAUACAUUUUUAUCCCCUCUAAGUUUAUUUUAUGCGUUUAGAGCAUGAAUAUAUAACUCACAGAGAA